AAAUCACCUUCGUCGCCUUACAACCCAUCGACCUGUGAUGCAUCGCUCUGGCCUCCGCGUCCAGGCAAAGCUGUGAUCAUCCAUCAUCUCGGAGGUUAUUGCUGCAUUAAGCAUCAAAUCCGUGCCACUGUCGAUCUUUUGGUCAAACAACGAGCCACCUGGUCCACGUUAAAGCCGGCCCUUCUUGUCCGACGUCACUGCCCAGCUGGGGUAGCGCUGUUCACAUCCAAGCCCAACAGCCCCCCACCGCGGCCUGCAACCAGGAAGCAUGCCCUUCAGAGUCUGAGACUCUCUUUGGGGAAUCAGUGUCAUGGAUCCCGCUAUCCAGCGUGCUCUGAACGAUAAACUUUACGAUAAGCGUAAGGUUGGGGCGCUCGAGCUCGAGCGGGUCAUACGCGAGCUUGUUACCCUGAAAGAUUACGCCAAGGUUGAGGCCGUGCUCGACCAGCUCUGCAAUGAAUUUGCCUAUGCUGUUCAUCAGCCACACGCCCGCAAUGGCGGGCUCAUUGGCCUUGCUGCAGCCGCCAUUGCUUUGGGACCAGAGCUCGCAAGAUACCUCGAAGUCAUUGUGCCGCCAGUCCUCGCCUGCUUCACUGACCAAGAUGCCCGGGUCCGCUACUACGCCUGCGAGGCCAUGUAUAAUAUCGCAAAGGUCGCAAAGGGCGAGAUCCUGAUCUACUUCAACCAUAUAUUCGAUGCCCUUUGCAAGCUGGGUGCCGACUCGGAACUGUCUGUCAAGAAUGGAGCCGAGCUGCUCGAUCGCCUGAUCAAAGAUAUCGUCUCCGAAUCCGCCGCCACGUAUGUGUCGGUGUUGGAGCACCCACCCCCCUACCAGGGGGACGACAAGGAUGCUCCAGAUGACUCGGUCGAACUUCCUACAGCCUUCUCCUUGAAACGGUUCAUCCCGCUGCUCAGGGACCGUAUCUACGCGCUCAAUCCCUUCACGCGGACCUUCCUCGUCGGUUGGAUCAUCCUGCUCGAUUCCAUCCCGGAUCUGGAGCUUGUCACUUACCUACCCGAAUUCCUUGGCGGCCUCUUGCGUUUUCUGGGCGACUCGAACCGAGACGUCCAUGUCGCCACUCAAGGUUGCCUGGACAAGUUUCUCAACGAGAUCAAGCGGAUUGCCCGCAUCAAGAAGGGCAUUGCCGAAAGCAAGAAAUCCAGGGAAGGCAGGCGCAAGCGGAUCGACUCGGUUGGGAGCGUCGGCAGCGUGCGGCCUCAGCUAGAGGAGGGUGAAGAGGUUGAAUCCGAAACGGCCGCCGAGGAAGACGACCUGGAAAGCGAGGAUGACUGGAUUCCCGGGCAGGAUGUUCAGAUCAACUAUAAGGCGAUCCUAGAAAUUUUGACCGCAACCCUCGACUCACAGUUUGACGAGGAUGGGCUGUUGGAGUCGCUUCGCUGGAUCGUCGAGUUUCUCGACAUAUGCCCGGAGGAAGUUCUCCCAUUCACCCCGAAGAUACUGGCCCAUCUCCUGCCCGCCAUGGCUAGUGGCGUGGAAUCGAUACGCCAGGCUGCUGGCAGAGUCAACACCUCCCUGAUGGACUAUGUCGUCUCUUUGUCCGACGAGGCAGAACUGGCCAUGCCACCCCCAUCGCGGAUACCCGCCCCGGCGCCCUCAGCAGGUGACCGACAAGACGGGACUACCGGCGCUCGUGCUUCCCUGUCCGGCUCGACGAGAGAUCUCGAGGUGCGGAGCCCCACACCGGCUCAAGGGAGGAAGACCAUUCCAGGAACUCCAACCCCGGCGGUUUCUGCUCCUCAACCUCAGCCGGAUCUCGACUACGCCGCCGCGGUGAACUCUCUGACUCUCCUAUUCCUGAACGACCACGAGGCCACCCGGGUGGCUGCUUUGACUUGGCUGAUCAUGCUACAUCGCAAGGCGCCGAGAAAAGUGCUUGCCUUCAACGACGGGACUUUCCCGGCGUUGCUCAAGACUCUCUCGGACCCUUCCGAGGCAGUGGUCACCAAAGACUUGCAGCUCCUCUCCCAAAUCUCGAGAAACAGCGAAGACGACUACUUCACAAAUUUCAUGGUCAAUCUACUACAGCUCUUUUCAACAGACAGGAAGCUCCUGGAGACACGCGGAAACUUGAUCAUCCGCCAGCUCUGCAUAAGCCUCAGCGCCGAGCGCAUCUACCGGACCCUGGCCGAUUGCAUCGAGAAGGAGGAGGACGUGGAGUUCGCCAGCAUCAUGGUCCAGAACCUCAACAACAAUCUGAUCACGGCGCCCGAGCUUUCUGAAUUGCGGAAACGGCUCCGUAACCUGGAGACCAAGGAUGGGCAAACAUUCUUUGUUACGCUGUUCCGCUCGUGGUGCUAUAACGCCGUGGCCACCUUCUCUCUCUGCCUUCUGGCGCAGGCCUAUGAGCAGGCGUACAAUUUGUUGCAGAUAUUCGCCGAGUUAGAAAUGACGGUCAAUAUGCUAAUUCAGAUCGACAAACUUGUGCAGCUCCUCGAGUCGCCCGUUUUCACUUACUUGAGGCUACAGCUCCUUGAACCGGAGCGAUACCCCCACUUAUACAAGUGCCUGUACGGUCUCUUGAUGCUCCUUCCACAGUCAUCGGCCUUCGCGGCCCUCAAAAACCGCCUCAACAGCGUCAGCUCAAUUGGAUACCUGCAUAUCGCACCAAGACCGUAUGUGCUCUCUCCCAUCCCCGCUCAUUGCCCACCGAAUACCCCUUGGAAACACCACUGAUUUCGGCGUCAUAGCAACGCAACAACCCCUAACGUGCCCUCGUUCGACCGCCCCAACCGCCUCAAAGGACGAGAAGAAGGCAUCAUACGCUGGG